AUGUAUAGUUUCGACAAGGAUUUGUGGCACGUAAGAGGGCGUGCGCGCGUGGACUCCGAGACGCAGGAGGAUGCUGAAGAAAAGCGCAGUGAAAGCCCAACAAGUGCUGUCGGGGCGGAGGCCCCUCGGGAACUACCGAAUGAAUUGUCCGCGCCUUACGAGGUCCCGCAGUUCCCCAUUGAACAAAUUGAAAAGAAGCUUCUCAUACAAAGGCAGCUCAACGUGAAGGCAGCAGAAUGCGCUCAGUCGGUACGUUCAUUCGCGGGCAGCGAGGCUGGCGGAGCCUUAGAGGAAGCUGUGCGCUUACGCAUCCCGGACGACGACGAGGUGGACAUAGUGCUCCCACAUUUUCAGAGGGUCGCCAUUAGCGGCGAGGAUACAUCUGGGUUACGUCGAGCGCGUCUUUCGCAGGUGCCUCUUGAGGAUCUCCAGCAGGCGUCGUCGUACCUGGUGCAGGCGCUGGAAAUCCGCAAACGUUACAUGGAGAUGUCGCAGCAGAGCUACUCCACGAUCACCGCGCGCUUCGUGAGGAACAUGGAGGCGGACGCGCCGCAAAACCACCUACCCACCGUCAAAGUGCCUAAGAGCCACAUCGCUGAUCACAUUGUCCAUCCGCCUUUCAAGGAAAAUAAGGAUCCAUGGGAGUGUCCAAAUCCAGAUGCAAAAGGCUACACUAUCAAAUCGGAUCGCGGCGUAUUCAAUUUGUACCGACAGGAGGGCGGCGUGGAAAGUAGGGUGCCUUAUAAGUACAUAACCCUCACGCAGUAUAUACAGGACAUGAACACCAUGUGCAACAUGAUCGCGGAUGGACCGCUCAAGUCGUUCUGCUACCGGCGACUGAGCUACUUGUCGUCGAAGUUCCAGCUUCACGUGCUGCUCAACGAGUUGCGCGAGCUGGCCUCGCAGAAGGCAGUCCCCCACAGGGAUUUUUAUAACAUCAGGAAAGUGGACACACACAUCCACGCCGCUUCGUGUAUGAACCAGAAACACCUGCUGCGCUUCAUUAAGAAGACGCUGAAGAACCACGCGGAUGAGGUGGUGACCCUGCACAAGGGAACUCCAAUGACGCUGAAGGCGGUAUUCCAAAGCAUGAACCUGAGCACGUACGACCUCACGGUGGACAUGCUCGACGUACAUGCGGACAGGAACACGUUCCACCGUUUCGACAAAUUCAACGCAAAAUACAACCCCAUCGGUGAGAGCAGACUCAGGGAGGUGUUCCUCAAGACCGACAACUACAUGAACGGGAAAUACUUCGCAAGGAUCAUUAAGGAAGUGGCUUUUGACCUGGAAGAGAGCAAGUACCAGAACGCGGAACUGCGGCUGUCGAUCUACGGCAAAAGCCCCACCGAGUGGGCCAAGCUGGCGCGCUGGGCCAUCCAGUAUGACGUACAUUCCAACAACGUACGCUGGCUCAUACAGAUACCUCGUUUAUACGACAUCUUCAAGUCGAACAAGAUCAUGAACAACUUCCAAGAGUUCCUCAGCAACAUCUUCCAGCCUCUGUUUGAGGUCACCAACGACCCCAACAGCAACAUUGAACUGCACAAAUUUUUGACCCACGUGGUUGGCUUCGACAGCGUGGAUGACGAGUCGAAGCCGGAGAACCCGAUGCUGGACCCGGACGUGAAGAUCCCCGAGCAGUGGGACGACGAGGAGAACCCGCCCUACGCGUACUACCUCUACUACAUGUACGCCAACAUGACCGUGCUCAACCACUUCCGCAAGGAGCAAGGUUUGAACACUUUUGUGCUUCGACCACAUUGCGGUGAAGCAGGACCUGUGCAGCAUCUUGUAUGCGGUUUCAUGCUAGCUGAGAACAUUUCCCAUGGAUUGCUGCUCAGGAAGGUGCCAGUGCUGCAGUACCUGUACUACCUGGCGCAGAUCUACAUCGCGAUGUCGCCGCUCAGCAACAACUCGCUGUUCCUGAACUACCACCGCAACCCGCUGCCCGAGUUCCUCGCGCGUGGCCUCUGCAUCACGCUCAGUACCGACGACCCGCUGCAGUUCCACUUCACUAAGGAGCCGCUGAUGGAGGAGUACAGCAUCGCGGCGCAGGUGUGGAAGCUGAGCUCGUGCGACAUGUGCGAGCUGGCGCGCAACUCCGUGCUCAUGUCCGGCUUCCCGCACGAGAUGAAGCAGUACUGGCUCGGCCCCAACUAUAUGAAGGAGGGCGUGGCUGGUAAUGACAUAACUCGCACCAACGUGCCUGACAUACGUAUCUCCUUCCGCUACGAGACCCUGCUCGACGAACUUACCAAUAUUUUCAAGUCUCACCUCUCGGCUUACCAAUAUUCAAAUGGCCCUGCCCCCUCGACGCCGCCGCCGCCCAACAUUAAUGCACCCAUCGUGAGCCUCAAACGCCCUUCGCUCGUGCCUCUGGAGGAGCUAUCAGCUGCAGCGUCUUUCCUAACAGAGGCUUUAGACCUACGACGCCGCUACAUGGAAGUCUCCCACCAGUCUUUCCCGCCCGAUCUCGCCAGUUUCCUCGCUGCACACAAGACGUCCAGCAGUCCCCGUCACCACGUCUCUCCUAACGUCGUCAAAGCAAUGAAAGAAUGGGACUAUGACGCAGUUGAUCUACAAAUGGCAGCGACUCCUAACGAUAACCUGGCAUACGAGUUCGAUGAUAUACCCAGCAAGUGGUCGGAGAUCACGAUAUCUACGGCUCAUGAAGAGGCCAGUGAGAACCCUGACAAAAUGUCAAACAACGUAAGGACAUCUUUUGGAAGUCAAGAAGACACCGAGGCUAACUUACAGGAGAGCUCAGACCCUUGGUCGUGUGUCAUACCUUCAAACAAGAAUUACGUAUACCGUUGGCACGGCGGCGUAGUGCACAUAUACCGCAACGAAUUUGACAUGCAGGUGUCCCAGCCGCUGAACUAUCAAUGUGUGCCCUUCAACCAGUAUGUGGAGGACCUAAACAAGCUAGGCGAGAUGAUCGCUAAUGGGCCUUUAAAAUCAUUUUGUUACCGGCGUUUGAGCUAUCUCUUCUCAAAGUUUAAGAUGCACGUAUUGCUCAACGAGAUCCACGAGCUGGCGCUGCAGAAAGCCGUGCCUCACAAAGACUUCUAUAACAUCAGGAAGGUCGACACGCACAUCCACGCAGCGUCGUGCAUGACUCAGAAGCACUUGGUGCGGUUCAUGAAGCGCGCGCUGCGACAACGAGCAGGCGAGCAAGUAGCGCUGCGCGGCGGGCGCCCAUGUACGCUACGUUCUCUGUUCCGCGACAUGCGUCUCGAGGCGCACGACCUUAACGUCGACCUGCUCGAUGUACACGCGGUAAAGAACUUCACAUUAACUACACGGAGUUACACACGCUGCGGUCUCUGUUCCUCGACAUAUACAUCGACGUGCACGACAUCAACGUCGAUCUGCACGAUGUACACGAGGUGA